GACCGGAGUCGCGCGUGCGCUGUGCGCUCUCGUACAAACGACUCGCAAAGUGGCAGUUCAGGAAACUAGACAUCAUUCUAAAGUGCAGCACUAUUCAGAACACUCGCCGUGCAACAUCUUCCCAAAAGCUUCUCUGCCUGCUGGUUUUGGAAUAAGACACAUUGUAAAGACAAAGAGGAAUACCAACAAGAGACAAGUUAUGGAUGAAAAAAUCUCGCGUCUGCAGGACAGGCAAUUUAUGGAUCAUGCUGAUUUCUUAGGGGUGGAAUACUCCUCACUCUACGUGUGUAAAUCGAAAAGAGGGCUGAAGCGCGAAGAUGGCAAGGACGCGUACAAGUUACCACACCGAUUGAUAGAGAAGAAGAGGAGAGACAGAAUCAAUGAGUGUAUCGGACAGCUGAAGGAUUUGUUACCCGAACAUCUCAAACUGACAACGCUCGGGCAUUUGGAGAAAGCAGUUGUUCUUGAGUUAACUUUGAAGCAUUUAAACGCUUUGACUGCAGUCACUGAGCAGCAGCACCAGGAGAUUCUGGCUUUUCAGAAUGGGGAUCUAUCGAUGAAAGUGCCCAUUCGCGCUGAUUUGGAUGCGUUCCACUCGGGGUUCCAAGCGUGUGCCAAAGAGGUCCUGCAGUACCUAAACAAGUUGGAGAACUGGAAUGCAUGUGAGCAGCGGUGCGCGCAACUAAUCAGCCACUUGCACAAAGUAUCGGCGCAGUUUCAGCCUGGUACGCCACUGCUCCAUCCCCAGCUACCUGCCAGAGACGCGCUCGACCGCGAUGGCCAAAAACCAGACAGCCAAGCCGGACAUGACCGCGUAUCAGUCAUACAGAGGAGCCAUGGAGAGCUUAACGAGAAUGACACAGACACAGACAGUGGAUACGGGGGUGAGGCGGAAAAGAAUGAUGGGAAGAAAGGAUGUGAACGGAGCAAACUGCAGGGGCCCAAGGCAGUAAAGAUAAAGCAGGAGUUCGAGGAUGACCGCGCUGCCAAAAAAACAAAGAUGAACUGGGCUGGAAACUGCACGACAAGCGCAGACAUGACCACCAGACCUGAUCUGGUCUUUAUGAAUUCGUUGAUGGGAAUAACUGGCGUGGGACAGCAGACUCCCUUUUGCAUGCCCUUUUACUUCAUAAACCCCUCGGCGGCAGCGUCCUACAUGCCUCUAUUUGACAAAAGUAACCUAGAGAAGUUUGUGUACCCAGCUGCGGCAGCGGCCACGAUCUCAUCUCAGUUUCACUGGUUAUACCCCAGCCUCAACUCACAUGGGUCGGCAGCUGCGGCCUCAACAGCCGGUGUUUUUUCCCGCAUGUCGACAGAGAAGAUCUCUGGAUUCGGUUCCGAUUCCAAGGACUCUCCCUCCGACGACAGUGACAUGUCAAACGUGGCGGAGCCGGGCUCACCUGAUGAGAGGGAGGACAAUCUUGAGAACGAUGAAGAAGAUGAUGAUAAGGAAUUAGGGGAUGAGUCCCCAGACAAUGAAAAUGACAGUACAUAAUUAAGAUUUUGAGAUUUUGUUUUCUUUCUUGUAAAAACUGGCUAAUUGAACUGUGUAUGUGUUAGGCUUAAAAUGCACAUCAAUUUAUGUUGUUUACGAUUCUCCGACAGCUGUCUGUUUUUACCUUAUUUUCGUAUUUUCAAUAGAUUUGUAUUGAUAUAGGAGUUUCGAGACCAAUUUCACAGUUAAAAUGCUCCUGUAUCUUGGCCAAGCAGGGGGAAGUUGUGACAGUGUGUGCCUUUUGCACUUAAUGCAAGAAUAAUCUGAAUGUUAAUCGACAAUGAUUGACACUAACAACAUGUACACAUCUGUUAUUACUAAAAUCAUAGGUUGUAUUGAGCUGGGGUUUUUCCAUUAACACAGCCUUUUAAACUGUGAAUAUCAGUGCCAAAACAUCAAGACAAACAAUCUGCUUAUAAGCAAUAUUGCCCUCUGAUCCCCAAUCAGCUAGUGACUUUGGAUGUAGGAUGUUGCAACUGACCUACGCCAAGGUCAACAAUGCAGGUCAACAUUGCAGGUCAACAUUUCUGACUCUGACUGUACAGUAUGACUAAUUGUGAUAGGUGUGAUUUGAUCUAUUUCCUUGUUUCUGCACUAAAUUGGCCUCUGUAUAAAGUGCUUGAGAAAGUUACUUAGGUACUUCAAACCGAGAUGUCCACCUUGGAUCACAGAUAAACCCUAACUGGACAAAUGAUUUACUUCAUAUUAUGUAACUCCCUCUCCAUGCCAACACAUUUGGAUUAGUUUAUUUAGUCUUUUGGAAUUUGCAUUAACCCCCUCCAAUACAUUUCACUGACUGCUGAUAUUUCGCAUAAUAUUGAAAGGAAGCACAUCAUUGGAAGAUGCUGUUUUAUGACAAUUGACAAUUAUAUCCCUGAUUGGUUGGCAUCUCUGCACACAUAAUGAGACACCCCGUGACCAGUCAGCUAAACCUCCAGCAAAAUUAUACUAGGCACUUUGAUAUUGAAUGUAACUACCUUUGUUUUUCUUAGCUCUGGAAGUUUCAGAGAUAAAGUGCACUUGUUUCUGCCUUUGAAAAACCUCCCCGUUCCUUCCCAACACUCACUUUCCAACUAUUGUAGUGCAUCACUGUAUGUAUUUUUUUUAAAUACAUUGUUCUUGAAGAAAAUCACUAAACUAGAGGGCAGAAACUUAACUCCAGACUGUAUAGACUGUGUGUGUGUUUGAAGAACAAGAUACUAGGCUACUACAGAUCAUGAGGCUUUUUAGUGUUUUUGAAUAAACGUAAACCACUAAUCAUAA